CAGAACUCAUUUCCUGCAAUUUUCAUGAAGAUGCCAUGAUGGACAUGUCAGAGUAUAUAUCAGAAGGUAUUUUUAUAAUGUUUGAAAUGUUUCUAAAGUGUGUUUCUGAGACUGUUGAAUUUUUACUGUGCUAGCCAGUCAUGUAAUUAUUAAAUCACUAAUCUAACUCAAGACUUUACAUUAAAGGACACCUAAAAUAAUAGGGCAUCCUUUAUUCCAAGGUGAUGAACAUUGUUUAUUUUCUGGUGUCAAAAUUAUAUAAAUUAUAUUGUUUUAUCUCUUCCUCAGGUCAAUGAAAAUAUCCCUUGUGUAAGGAAAAUGGGAAAUGGAACAUAUUUUUUCUUCAUGUUGUUUGAAAAUCUUGGGUGCAUAAAAUAUGCUUUUUUCAGUUUGGGGUUUAUUUUUUACUGUGUUGUCAUAUACUUUAAUGUCCUUAUUAUUCUUGCUGUAUUUCUGGAAAGGACAUUGCACCAAACCAUGUACAUUUUUUUGAUUUCAUGUUUAUCCAUCAACUCUGUAUAUGGUACAGCUGGCUUUUUCCCAAGGUUACUGACAGACCUGCUGUAUGAUACACAUAGAAUUUCCUUUGAAGCUUGCAUCAUACAGAGUUUUGUCAUUUACUCAUAUGCAACUUAUGAGCUUACGAUCUUAAUGCUAAUGGCAUUUGAUAGGCUUGUUGCAAUUAGUAAACCUUUGCAUUACAACAACAUAAUUACCAUACGCUUUCUAACUCUUUUAAUAGUUAUAGCAUGGCUUUAUCCAGUGAUUUUUGUUGGUUGUGCUGGUCUUUUGACUGCCAGGCAGAAAAUGUGUGGCAACAAAUUGUUUAAGGUAUACUGCCACAACUAUGAAAUUGUCAAACUAUCUUGUAUGAACCAUAAUAUUAAUAAUAUUUAUGGCCUUAUUGUAACAAUUACAACUAUUUUUAUUCCUUUGAUUUUUAUAUUAUAUUCCUAUGUCAAAAUACUUAUAAUUUGUCAAAGAAGCUCACAAGACUUUAGGAGCAAAGCGUAUCAAACUUGUAUUCCACACAUAGCGAUCCUUUUAAAUUUCUCAGUUGCUCUAUUUUGUGAGCUUACCUUGAGUCGGUUUGUGAAUGGGGAAAUUCCUAUAGAGCUGGCUGUUAUCCUUUCACUGGAAUUUAUUGUUAUACCACCCUUUGUAAAUCCUAUUGUUUAUGGUCUAAACUUUCCUGGUAUCCGCAAAAAAGUAAGACAUCUUAUAAAACCCUACAAAUAA